AUGGCGUCGGCGGAUGUUGAGCGUGCCAAGUUGGAAUCUACCAUACGUAAUUUAAAAUUAUCUGGUCAUGUUGGAUUUGACAGUCUUCCAGAUCAAUUAGUGAAUAAAUCCGUUCAAAAUGGAUUUGUAUUCAAUAUUCUCUGUAUUGGUGAAACUGGGCUCGGGAAGUCCACACUUAUGGAUUCCCUCUUUAAUACAAGUUUUGAAUCCACUGCAAGCCCACAUAAUCUUCCUUCUGUGAAGCUUAAAGCCCAUACCUAUGAGCUACAAGAGAGCAAUGUUAGAUUAAAGCUUACUAUUGUUGAUACAGUUGGUUAUGGAGAUCAAAUUAAUAAGGAAGAUAGCUUUAAAGCUGUGGUUGAUUACAUAGAUGCUCAAUUUGAGGCAUACUUGCAAGAGGAGCUAAAGAUUAAGCGAUCUCUGCCAACUUACCACGAUAGUCGCAUUCAUGUUUGUCUAUAUUUUAUUUGUCCAACAGGGCAUGGGUUAAAGUCAAUAGAUCUAGUCUGUAUGAAAAAACUUGAUACAAAAGUCAAUAUAAUUCCAAUUAUUGCUAAAGCUGACACAAUAUCAAAGACAGAAUUACAAAAGUUUAAGAGUAAGAUUAUAUCCGAAUUGCAAAAUAAUGGAGUACAUAUUUAUCAAUUUCCCAUUGAUGAUGAAAGUGUAGCAGAAGUAAAUACUAGUAUGAAUGCCCAUGUACCUUUUGCAGUAGUUGGUAGUACAGACUUUGUUCGUGUCGGAAACAAAAUGAUGCGUUCUCGUCAAUAUCCAUGGGGAACAGUGCAAGUGGAGAAUGAAUCUCAUUGCGACUUCGUUAAGUUGCGUGAAAUGCUAAUAAGGACAAAUAUGGAAGACAUGAGAGAAAAAACUCAUUGUCGUCAUUACGAAUUGUACCGUAAAAAGCGACUGGAACAGAUGGGAUUCAGCGAUGUUGAUAGUGAAAAUAAACCAGUUAGUUUCCAACAAACCUGUGAGGCAAAGAGAUCCAUCCACUUGCACGAACUCCAACAAAAGGAGGACGAAAUGCGACAGAUGUUCGUAGCACGAGUGAAGGAAAAAGAGGCUGAAUUGAAGGAGGCAGAAAAAGAGCUUCACAACAAAUUUGAGAAGCAGAAAAAAGAUCACGCAGAGGAGAAGAAAAAAUUAGAAGAAAAUAGAAAGAAACUCGAGGAUGAUAUUCUAGAGCUGAAUAGACGAAAAACUCAGUUCGCUCAACAACCACAACAUCAUACGUUAACACUAGGUAAAAGCAAAAAGAAAUAGAAAUGUCCGCCAUUGAUGCUCCAAUUUGCAACAAAUAAGUACGAC